GAAGAGCCCGGGACCCCCCUCGCUAAUGUAAGGGGGACGGCCGAGGAACAACGGCGGGUGCUUCGAUCAACAGGGGUCUUUUGCUUGGGACUAUUUUGAGAGGCGGAUGGACACGUCAACGUUCGGGGGCGGGGCCUGCCUGACAGGAACUGCAUAAAUACGGGCAGGGGCGCGUCACCGCGCAGAUCACAGCUGGAGAGAAAAAGGAACUGAGUUCGGAGGGAGCGGCGCUCAGGGCCGGAGACGUGAGUCGGGCGGCAGGGGGGAAUCGGGGGGGGAAAACCCUUGCGUUUGUGGGCAGAGAGGCAGAAAGCGGAGCCGGGGGGUUGUCGGGCGGUAUUUCUGUAUUCCUGGUUGGUGGCGGUGAGGUAGGGAGCGGCUCUAAAUGCCUGAUCGAUGUUACAAACGGGUGGGGGGUGGCCGCGUAACCGCCCGGUGAGGAAGAGGGAGUAGUUGAGGGAAAAUGGCGGAGCCUGCCGUCUGCGCCGGAAGCAGGCGCUGAGUCACGGCCGGAGCGGGCGGCGGCACCGCGCUGCUGUCACGGGUUGUUCGCCUGAAGCCCUGCGGCAGCUGCGCGGGAGGGCGCGGGGCGGUGCUGCGGCCCCUGCUGGGUUCCUCUGCCGCAUUGCUGCGGCUGGGAGGGGAAGGGGCUGGCAGCUGGGGGCCAUCCGCCCGGGGACCGCAUCAGAGUUCAACAUGCAGAUCUUUGUGAAGACCCUGACUGGCAAGACCAUCACUCUUGAGGUUGAGCCCAGCGAUACCAUUGAGAAUGUGAAGGCCAAGAUCCAGGACAAGGAAGGCAUUCCUCCUGACCAGCAGAGGCUGAUCUUUGCUGGCAAGCAGCUGGAAGACGGGCGCACCCUGUCUGACUACAACAUCCAGAAGGAAUCCACCUUGCACCUUGUGCUGCGCCUGAGGGGUGGCAUGCAGAUCUUUGUGAAGACCCUGACUGGCAAGACCAUCACUCUUGAGGUUGAGCCCAGCGAUACCAUUGAGAAUGUGAAGGCCAAGAUCCAGGACAAGGAAGGCAUUCCUCCUGACCAGCAGAGGCUGAUCUUCGCUGGCAAGCAGCUGGAAGACGGGCGCACCCUGUCUGACUACAACAUCCAGAAGGAAUCCACCUUGCACCUUGUGCUGCGCCUGAGGGGUGGCAUGCAGAUCUUUGUGAAGACCCUGACUGGCAAGACCAUCACUCUUGAGGUUGAGCCCAGCGAUACCAUUGAGAAUGUGAAGGCCAAGAUCCAGGACAAGGAAGGCAUUCCUCCUGACCAGCAGAGGCUGAUCUUCGCUGGCAAGCAGCUGGAAGACGGGCGCACCCUGUCUGACUACAACAUCCAGAAGGAGUCCACCCUACACCUUGUGCUGCGUCUGAGGGGUGGCAUGCAGAUCUUUGUGAAGACCCUAACUGGCAAGACCAUCACCCUUGAGGUUGAGCCUAGUGACACCAUUGAGAAUGUGAAGGCCAAGAUCCAGGACAAGGAAGGCAUUCCUCCUGACCAGCAGAGGCUGAUCUUCGCUGGCAAGCAGCUGGAAGACGGGCGCACCCUGUCUGACUACAACAUCCAGAAGGAAUCCACCCUACACCUUGUGCUGCGCCUGAGGGGUGGCAUGCAGAUCUUCGUGAAGACUUUGACUGGCAAGACCAUCACUCUUGAGGUUGAGCCCAGCGAUACCAUUGAGAAUGUGAAGGCCAAGAUCCAGGACAAGGAAGGCAUUCCUCCUGACCAGCAGAGGCUGAUCUUCGCUGGCAAGCAGCUGGAAGAUGGGCGCACCCUGUCUGACUACAACAUCCAGAAGGAAUCCACCUUGCACCUUGUGCUGCGCCUGAGGGGUGGCAUGCAGAUCUUUGUGAAGACCCUGACUGGCAAGACCAUCACGCUUGAGGUUGAGCCUAGUGACACCAUUGAGAAUGUGAAGGCCAAAAUCCAGGACAAGGAAGGCAUUCCUCCUGACCAGCAGAGGCUGAUCUUCGCUGGCAAGCAGCUGGAAGACGGGCGCACGCUGUCUGACUACAACAUCCAGAAGGAAUCCACCCUGCACCUUGUGCUGCGCCUGAGGGGUGGCUGUUAGUCGCUGUGCAUCUUGCUUGAUGAGAUUGCUGAUAGCACUUGUGUUUGCACUGUAGUCCUUCUAAUGUCUUAAAUUAAAUGCAAAGUUAAUGCAAGCUUAAGUAACUGCUGAACUGUGUGUUGUAAUGCUAAUAAAGUUUUCUGUUGCACAUCA